GUUUGUUUGUUUGUUUGCUGUUGUUUCAAACUUGAAUCACCAAAAUGCAGCGAAUUUUAGUGACGCGCCAACUGACUGAGCCUGCAAUGGCGCUUUUGCGUUCUGGUGCUGCGGAAGGCAAGUACAUCCUGGACGAGUGGGCGUCGAGCGGACCGAUGCCGCGGCCAGAGCUGCUGCGCCGUGCUGCUGGUGCGAGUGGCCUGCUCAUCACGCUGUCGGACAAGAUCAACGGCGAGCUGCUCGACGCUGCAGGGCCGCAGCUCAAGGUCGUCAGCACUGUCUCGGUCGGAUACGACCACGUUGGAGUCCACGAAUGCACUGCGCGCGGGGUGCAGGUCGGGAACACGCCCGACGUGCUCACCGACGCGACCGCCGAUCUCACAGUGAGCCUUCUGCUGUCCACUGCGCGGCUGCUGCCGACCGCUGCUGCCUGCGUCAAGAACGGUCGCUGGGGGCCGUGGCAUAUUACCUGGAUGUGCGGCGCUGAUAUCUCGGGAAGCACGGUCGGCAUUGUUGGAUUGGGUCGCAUCGGAGCGGCAGUCGCGCGUCGUCUCGCUGGAUUCAACAUUGGCAAGCUGUUGUAUUCCGGUCGUAAUCCUGCGGCUCAGGCACUCGUCAAUCACGCGACAGUCCGCUUUGUGAACGACGAUGGAAGCAUCUCGUCGUCGCCGAUUCCGCAGCACACGCCGCUCGAGCAGCUCUUGCGCGAAAGCGAUUUCGUGAUUGCCACCUGUGCCUUGACCGACGACACAAAGCUCAUGUUCAACAAGGAGCGCUUUGCCUUGAUGAAGCCGACUGCAACAUUUGUCAACUCGGCACGUGGCGGAAUUGUCGACCAGGACGCGCUCUACGAAGCGCUGACCACGGGUCGCAUCGCCCGAGCUGGUCUCGACGUCACCUCACCCGAGCCACUGUCUCCACAGCAUCCUCUCCUGACCCUCGAUAACUGUCUUGUGCUUCCGCACAUUGGCAGUGCAACGUUCAACACUCGCAAUGCAAUGUGCAUGCGUGCCGUGCAGAAUCUGUACGCUGGUAUUGCUGGGCAAGCGGUUCCCUUUGGCGUGCAGGCAUAACCACAGAACAGCUACGAGCGUACUACAUGCUAGAUACGUUGACAGUGUGCUAUGAUUGUAUUUUGAGCGUCUGAGUUGAAUCAACCGGUGAUUUGUUUGAAAAACCAAAAAAAAAAGAAAAAAAAAAGGAGCC